UUAACAUUUUCCUUGCAGGUGAAGAAGCUUGGUAUUGUUGCUGUGAGUAAUGCUUUGCCACAAGACAUUGCAUGUUUGGCAGCAGACCGCAUGUUGAUAUUUGCUUCAUAUGACAACAUUCUCCAUGCUUUUGCCAGGAACAAAGAGGUGGUUCAUACCUACGAAGGUCACAAGGCAAGGAUACACCUUCUGCAGCCUUUUGGUGAUCAUGUCAUUUCUGUGGAUGUCGAUAAUGUUCUUAUCGUUUGGAAUAUACAGUCAGAAGAGGAGUAUCUUCAAGUGGAUUUUGAUAAGACCACUUUUGCAGUUUCUGCAGUUCUGCAUCCCAGCACCUAUUUGAAUAAAAUUCUUCUUGGAAGUGAACAAGGGAGCUUGCAGCUAUGGAAUAUAAGAUCCAACAAACUCUUAUACUCAUUUCCAGGAUGGCACUUAGCGGUCACAACUCUUGAACAAGCUCCAGCAGUGGAUGUUGUUGCAGUUGGUCUUGUAUCUGGUCAUAUCAUUGUACAUAAUAUUAAGUUUGAUGAAACUCUGAUGAAAUUCCAACAAGACUGGGGUCCCAUCACAGCAAUAUCUUUUCGUACAGAUGGACACCCAGUAAUGGCAGCUGGUAGCCCAAUUGGACACAUUGCUUUGUGGGACUUAGAAGAGAAGAAACUAAUGUGUCAGAUGCAAGAUGCCCAUUCCACAGCAGUAGCUGGUAUGUCGUUUGUCCCUGGAGAGCCACUUCUUAUUACUAAUGGUGCUGAUAACGCUAUACGGGUGUGGAUUUUUGAUGGACCUGGUGGUACAGGACGUGUACUGAGAAGCCGAAUGGGACAUAGUGCACCACCAACAAAAAUCAGAUACCAUGGGCAAAAUGGAGAGCAAAUUCUUAGUGCAGGCCAAGAUGGAACAUUGCAGUCUUUUUCAACAGUGCAUGAAAAGUUCAAUAAAAGCUUAGGACGUGGUUCCAUUAACAAAAAAAAAUCAAAAAAGAAAGGUCUUAAGCUUGAUACGAUGGCACUUCCACCAAUUACAGUCUUUGCUUCAGAAGUGGCACAUCAGAGUGACUGGGAUAGUAUUGUUGCCUGCCAUCAAGGCUAUAUAACCUGUACAACCUGGAACUAUCAGAAAACUUCCAUGGGAGCUCAUAAACUGAGGCCAGAAGAAUUUAGCAAACACAAACCUAUUGAUAUAUGUGCAACAGCAGUUGACAUUACCUCAUGUGGGAACUUUGCUGUAAUUGGGCUGUCAACUGGACAGAUAGAUGUAUAUAACAUGCAGUCUGGCAUUCACAGAGGGCGUUAUGGCAAAGAAAGAGCACAUGAGGGGGCCAUAAGGGGAGUAGCAGUGGAUGGAUUAAACCAGCUGGUAAUCACAGCUGGUAGUGAAGGAUUAAUUAAAUUUUGGAAAUUCAAAACUAAAAAUCUAGUGUACUCCACUGAGCUUUCUUUUUCCCCAAGUGGAAUCCUGCUUCACAGAGACAGUGGUAUUCUGGGAAUUGCCUUUGAUGACUUCAGUAUUAGUGUUUUGGAUAUAGAAACCAGGAAGAUUGUCAGGACGUUCUCGGGACACCAUGGACGGAUUAAUGACAUGACUUUCAGUCCUGAUGGUCGUUGGCUAAUAACUUCAUCAAUGGACUGUACCAUUAAGACUUGGGACCUUCCUUCUGGAUG